UAGAGACAUUAUUGUUUCGGCAGAAACAUGGUGUUAUGACACAAAUGACCCUCUAGAUUCGGACAAUAGAACGCCAGUUAGGUGCCCUGCCGUGACUGAAACAAAUUCAAAUACAUUUCAUGAUGUUGGAGUAAAACCGGAUAAUUCAACUAACAUGUUUGAAAUAAUAUUCACUUGUGAUCCUAAUGCUAAUCAAACAACUUGUGAUAAAGCAAAAAACUCAUUUGUGAGGGCAGGAGAAAUAUUUUCCAGCGUUUUAAUACUAAAUACCCCAAUAAGAAUAAAUGCUAGCUUAAUACCAUUGGCUGAUAAAACAGUUUUGGGAUCAGCUGCACCAGCACGACUAAUUCCAUUAAAAUGCAAGGAUCAUAAAAUUCGAAACUUUCCACAGUCUUUAGUCAAGCAAUUUCAACUCCCUACACAUCCAGAAUAUUCUAGCAGUGAUAUUCUUGCAGUAUUUAAUUCUGAAUCAGAGUUUUAUUUUGAGAACGAUACAACAAUCAAUUCCGAACAGAUAGGAUUCCUAGAAUUAAUAACACACGAAAUUGUCCAUGGUCUUGGACUUGUGACAAAUUGGAAACCUCUUUUAAAUUCUAAUGUAACCACAGAAUUAACUCCAAGAUUAAAUCUAACAACAAGCGAUACUGAUCCAACGCAACCUUUAAUAUAUUAUGGAUUUAUUGAAACGAUAUUUGAUCAAUUUUUAGUAACGUCUGAAGGAAAUAAAUUUUCAAAUUUUACCGAGCAAUUGAAUAAAUUUACUCCAUAUGGAACAAAAUUCCAAGAUCAAACCGCAUUUAUAAACGCAUUUAUUAAUUCACCACAAUAUGCUAUCGCUCAAUCGGUGUUAAACUAUUCACAGACAACAAAUUCUAUGGUGUUUUUAGCAAACCCUCAUUCUGAACUUAUAUGGUUGGAAACUAGUGUAUUUCCAUAUUCGAAAGGAAGCAGUAUAUCUCAUUUUAGCAUGGCAAUUUAUGAUAAUACAACAGAUUUUUUAAUGACUUAUCUGCAACAUCCUGGUCGAUCUUUUGAAACUGCUUUGCAAGAAAACUAUGCAACUUGCAUAAUUGGACCAAAAUUAUUAUAUUUACUCGAAACUAUAGGUUAUGCAACGCCUAGUCAUCCAGACCCUGAAAAACCGUCACCAAUAGAUCAUGCUACAAAAAAUCAAACAACAAAGUCAUUGAACCCGACCUCCCCCACCAGUUCACUCAACACAUCACAACCUACUAGUUCCAGUGUAUCAUCUAAUACAGGAAGUAUUAGAGUUAACAAUAAUUACGGAUGGAUAAAUCUUGUAAUUUGGUUGAGUAUUGGUGGAUGGUUUUUGGAUAAAGUAACUGCCACAUCACGAACUUUACACCCGUAUACAAAGCUAAAACCUUCAUCAAAUGUGAGAAAACAAAUUAAACCACCACCCUAUCAUCCUGAUGAUUAUAUUUUAUUAGUUGGAGAAGGAAACUUUAGUUUUGCUCGUACUUUAGCGGAAUCGAUUCUUCAUACAGGUCAUAAGAUAAUUGCAACAUCAUAUGAUACCAAAGAAAUAAUGACAAAGAAAUAUGAUGAUGCACAAUCAAAUAUAGAUAUAUUUACUGAAUGUGGUGGUCAAGUUUUAUACAAAGUUGAUGCAACAAAACUUGAAAAUUGUAAAGAAUUAAAAAAUAAAAGAUUUGAUAAAAUUGUUUUUAAUUUUCCUCAUACAGGUUUAGGAAUAAAAGAUCAAGAUCGUAAUAUUAUCGCAAAUCAACUUUUAAUUCAUUCUUUUCUCACAUCCUCUUUAAAUUUCCUUACUUCUCGUAAACUUUAUUCUGAUAGUAAAGAUGGAGAAAUUCAUAUAACAAUGAAAACAGGAGUGCCUUAUGAUCAUUGGAAUAUUCGUAAAUUAGUUAAAUCAAUAGAAAGUCUUGGAAUUAAAGAAAGUUUUGAAUUUGAUCCAAAUAUUUAUCCAGGAUAUGAACAUCGGAGAACUUUGGGAUUUAAGGAAGGUGUUAGUAAAAAAGGUAAUGAAGAAAUUUUAGAAAAAAAGCCAAGGACUUUUGUUAUUGUUAUGAAAGAAGUUUUAUUAGAAGAAGAUAGAAAGCGAAAAGAUGAUGCAAAGGAUGAAGAUGAUGACUCUUUUGUCAUAAAAUCUAAGAAG